CACGUGUAAAUGGGCGGAAUGCGGAUCCUGCCCUGCAGCGCCAGGCGUGGCGGGGCGGGGUCCCGGGGCCUCAGCGGGAUGGAGACGCACCAGGCCGGGGGGCUCCCGGUUGCUCCUGGGGCUGCUCGCCCAUCCCCCACUGGUGCCGAGAGCAUUUCCUGCAUCCAGCGCAUCGGGGAGUCCCUGCUCCGGGGGUUCGUCCUGUCCCAGCUCCAUCAGCAGGGCCCCGGGCCCCACCCCGCCCAGUCGGUCACCGUGGAGGAGCUGGGGGGCCAGGACGCCCCCGAUGGGCCCCGGGUCACGUCCCUGCGUGAGACUCUGCACCGGAUAUGGGGGAGCAUGAGCCAGAACCCCGAGAUUGACAGCCUGGUGCAGUGCAUGGCGGGGCAGCCCCCCCUGCCGGCGCUGGCCGCCGUCUCGGAGCAGGUGUUCGCUGACGGCAUCAACUGGGGCAGAGUCGUCGUCUUCUUCUACUUCACCUACAGGGUCAUCGCCCAGGCUCUGGGCGGGUCCGACUGUCUCCGGUCCCUGAUCGACUGGGCCCUAAACUUCCUGCGGGAGCGAGUUGUCCCCUGGAUCCAGCACCAGGGGGGCUGGGACUCCAUCUUCAGCUACCUCACCUCCUCCUCCUAGGGGGGGCACAGCCCCCCCACCUGGGACGGCAUCAGCAGCUGGGACAGAGCAGCCGCCCCCCCGCAGCAGAGACCCCAGAGGAUGGACGGGGGCGGGAUUACCCAUGGCCCCUAGGUCUGCAGAAGUGAAGACAGCCUGGGGGGAUGAUGUGUGAACUUUCCCCCUCCCAGCCCCCAAAAUAAAAUCACAAAUGAAAAAGAACAAAUAACCAGGGCUGCCCACCGAAUCGCGAUGAACUCGAAACAAAUUAACUUGAUUUCAAAAAAAAAAAAACCCAGUCCCGCCGAUCCGUGGUCUUAACACCGCCGUUCGCCCGGAGCCGGGCCCACUGGCACGGGAGAUCCCGACGCAACGCUACCCGGGGUGAGUCCCGGGGACCAAGAUUUGCACGGGGGAAAAGCCAGACUUUCUUUCAGCUCCCCUCGCACGGGGGCUGUCGUGCGAGCGGGAAAGUGCAAAGUACAAAGGUAGAAUUUUCUUUGUGUUACAUCCCUGCCCUCCAGAACUGACCAAUGCAAAUCCACUCGGUCCUGCUCCCUGUUCGGCCCGUCGCCGGACAGACGGGUUUGUUUAAGUCUAGGGGCGAGAAAGCUGCUGCUUAUUUACAGGGCCCUCCAGAUUUCACGGCCGUGAAAAACUUGUCACGGCCCGUGAAAUAAGCCCUUCCCCGUGAAAUUUGAUCUUCCCUGUGCUGCUGGGAGCCCCAACUCUGAAGGCAGCGCAGAAAUGAGGGGGGCAAUCCCAUGACCCCCCGCCACAGCAGGUUUGAGACCCCCCCCCCCACAAUCCUCUUUUGGGUCGGGCUCCCCACGGUUACAACAGCGUGAAACUCUGGCGGUAAACGUGAAAUUGACCAAUUCUGAACCCCUCUGGCCGUGAGCUGGACCAGAACGGACGGUGAAUUUGGUGGGGCCCUGAUUAUUUCCAGUGUCCCCCAAACGAGAGAGCUGGCGCUCGCGUGGUGCCCUUGUACCCGGCCUUGCAAGAUCUUUACGUGCCAGAGGCCCUAGGCGGUGGUCGGCCCCGCCUGCUCCGGCCUGGUGAUUGCACUCACGCUGGCUCGUGUGUUGCUCCCGGGCCAAUGUCUGUAAUCAGACAGAAUAACCAGAGGGGAGGCAGGGGCGCGGGUUGUCCUGCGGCGGGGCCGAAAGCGACGCCGGAAACUGGGCAAACCCACCCAUCGCUCGCCCGCCUCCGUGGGGCCUGUUCUUGUUGAACCGCGGGACUAAAACCGCGAUGGAGCAUGGCGGAGUUUUGUAAUUGUCUGACGGCCCCGCAAAGAAAUAAACGAGUGGGGAAAACA